AUGAUGGAGGCCCGGCCCUUAGAUCGGACCAGACACCCUCAGCCCGGCGGGGGUCCUGGCUCCCCGCUGACGUAUCAAUCAGAAGCUGUAACGACACCGAGGAUUAAGGAGAAGGGCUGUAAAGUCAGUAACACUGUUCCGAGCCGUCAUCCCGCCAAUCGGACAAACGAGCUUCGCCGAGCUGUUAUGACCCUUAGGGAUGGAGUUAUGGCUGUGCCUUGUAAUGCAGCUUUAUUUUCCAAAGGGAUAAAGGCAGUGUCCCAACCCCGAAUAUUAUCUCCAUCCGUAUCGAAACAAAGUGAAGAAUUCGUUCUGACGCACGCAACGGUGAGCGACUACUCAGCGCGAGACUAUUACAGAGCGCAGCGGGGGACCCGGUGGGAGGUGGUGUGGUCAGCAUAUCUGAUCCACCUGGUGUUGGCUAGGUGCGUGCUGGGCCUUCCGAGGUGUCGAAGGAAUCCAGAUGUCUAUCUCAGCUCAGGUCCAGCCUAUCCUGCCGGGUCUGAAGGACAAGUGACAUCUUAA